CGCAACCCACCUGUACUUGGAUAGACUGUGCCGAUCCGACGCACAGUAUGCCUAUAAGGCCCAUUCGAGAAACACUUAUGAGAGCGAGCCGUGCGGCACGGCAAACGAGCGAGCGAGCGAGCGGAAACUCGAUCCAAGUGGGACUGUGGAAAAUAAAUGUGCAGAAGUGGGGGCCGAUUAAAGAAUCGAUGUGGACACCCUCACCUACCAAAGUCAUUCACCUAACGGUCAUCGGCGCGUCAAGAGUCUUCAUUUUCUUCCGUUAUCCGGUCGCGCCAGUCGCGAGAAUUCGCAUUCGCCGUCGUCGGUUCGCGACCUUUUGCACAAAAUUAUUCGCGGCAAGGUGCAAUCAAGAGGCACAGACUCAUGUGGUUCAACUUGAGGUUCAAAUCGUUCGAUGCUGUUAGUAGUGAUUUCUCUCCGAUGUCGAGCGGAUAUCUUUUCGGAUAGAAGACUUGGCACAUGUUAAUAACGGCAAGAGACCUUAUUUAGAAAUGUAUGCAUUGUGGAAAGUACCCUCCUAAGUGUGUUUGAUUGACCGUGGAAUUUUGUGUCGUGUUGCUCUCAUCUGUGAUCACUCGAGGACAAUGAACAAAAAUUUUCGGUGUCUUGUGCCUUGCCAAAUGCAAAUGUGAGGUGACCAGUGGCGAAGAGCGCCACUAGAAAACUUGCCUUCGUAGAUUAGUGGUGAUUCAGUGGAAUAGAAUCCGACUGAGCUAAAUCGAUGCUGAAUGCUGUUCACAACUGCCCUUAAUUCAUCGUAACGACAAAAAUGAACCAGCAAUGUAAGGUAUGCGGCGAACCAGCGGCUGGCUUCCACUUUGGCGCGUUCACCUGCGAGGGCUGCAAAUCAUUCUUUGGGCGUUCAUACAAUAACCUGAACAGUAUCACCGAAUGCAAGAAUGGGGGCGAGUGCGUGAUAAACAAGAAAAAUCGUACCGCGUGCAAAGCCUGCCGCUUAAGAAAAUGUCUCCACGUCGGCAUGUCCAAGUCUGGUUCACGGUACGGCCGCAGAUCGAACUGGUUCAAAAUUCAUUGUCUUUUACAGCAACAACAGCAACAGCAAAUAGAACAACAACAGCAACAACAGCAGCAACAUCAUUACACGCCGGCUAUUCUCGGUCGGCAGCAGCUGCCGCAUCAGCUCUCGCAGCAGCCGACGAGCUCUCCUAUUCACGGUAGCCAACGCAAGGAUGAAACCAUGAUGCUCAGUCUAGACGAUUACAAGAAUUCGAAUUCGCCCAGCAUCAGCUCGCCCGAAUCUCACAAUAGCGAUAGCUCUGUCGAAGUCUCCGAGAAGAGAGCGGUCUUCAUCGGACACCCCAGCUUACGACCGCUGCAUCCGCCACUGCAGUUGCAGCAGCCUGUGGCUGAUCUGUCUGUCUUGAGCAAGGAAAUGAUGGGUCUACCAUUGGGCUUCCCACUCGGCAAUAUGUCGUUGCUGCCAUCGGCUUUUCUGCAACCGCCUGGUCUUACCAUGUUCUCACCCUACGCUCACAUCUACGCGACGCAUCACGGCGCGUCUCAUCCUUUCAUGACGAACCAUCCGUCUAGCAUGCUACGGCGUUCGCCGGUGACGAAUGAUGAGAGCAACAGUCCUACGACAUCCACCGUGACAUUGUCGACGACAGCAACGAUUGGAUCAAGAAUGUCGACGUCAUCUGUCAACGAGAAUGAUUUUUGCGAGAGGAACAACAAUAACGAUCGAUUCUGCCUGGACAUGGACCUGAAGAGUGAACGGACGUUGUCGGAGAGAUCGCCGACUCCGAAGGAAACGCGAACUUCCGAGGACGAAUCAUUCGAUUGCAGUUCGGAACGAGAAGACGCUUGUCAACCACCGCAGGAUAAUCCGAUAGAUCUUUCCAUGAAAACCAUCGCGAUACCUGUGAACAAUCAUUUGCAAGACGACGAAAUAGAAAGCGCCAGUGACACAGAAAGUUCGUCCGCGAAGAAACCAAUAGAUUUAACGACGAGAUCCUAAAGUCUAGAACUUUAAAUAAAAAUAAUGAGAGAAAUUGAAAAAUAAAGACAUUUAUUUUAUAUUCUCAUUUCGCUAUUAUAGAAAGAUCCAAGAGAAACAACAUAUCGGAAUAUCUCCGUUGUAAUAGAGAAAUGAAAAAAAUAUCUGCCUGAUUUGAAAUUUUGUUCCUAUUUUUUCAACAUUUUCACAUUUUAUUCCAAAGGAUUUCGAUAGGUUUAAUUUAUACAGAAGUUGAGCUCCUACUAUGUAUCUCAAAUAGAAGGUAAAUGCGAACAAUUUUUCUCUUAAAGAUUUAAAAGAAGAGUUUUCGACAAAAACUAUAGGUUAAAUAAUUUCAUAAAUAUCAAAGAUAAUAUAACUAUCUAAAAUAUCAAAAUGUUGAAUUGAAAAUUUAAAUAAAAAGUAAAAGAAAACUUUUGGCUUAAAUGCGGAAAAAGUUUUACACAAUUCGAGAUGGCAACUCUAUUGUAAAACAUUUUCCUCGGAUAUUUUUUUUAUAUUUUUAAAAAUAACGGAAAUAUUCCAAUAUUUCUGGUAAACCAUUUUUUUUAUAUAAAAUCUACAUGAGCAAUAUCAUUGUCUUAUAAUUAUUUCAUCGUUUAUGACACAAAAAUAAUCGUCACAUGAGUAAUUCUCCAAAAAAAUGAAAUUGAAGGUAUAGAGCGAAGAAUUUGCAAAGGUCGACAGAUUUAAUGUCCUUACCUAUAGAAACUAGAUAGAUAAAAAGGAAAUAAAAGAAAGCAGAUAUUUAUUUUUGUGUCCCAUUGUUCAUUAUAAGACCCUAUAUAGAGUGAUUUUUUGCCGCGUUAUUUUAUCGCUCGUAUAUAAGAAGUCUAAUCGCCAUUGAUAAUCCUUUAAGAGAGUAAAAUCCGAAUAAUUUGAGUAUUAUAUAUAAUAAAUUAGAUAUAUAAAGCUUAUGUGAUAUUUAAACAAGUAUGUUUAAAAAUUAUAUAUUAUAUAUCUUUUAUUUCAUUUUAUUUAAUUGAUGCAGUCAACGACAAAAAUAUUUUAAGCAAUUGAAUAGAUGCAAGGAAAACGACUUGAUCUAAACUGGUUUAUAGCGAAAAUAUAUCUAUUAUGAUCUAUCUAAAAGCAUGCUUAUAUUAUCGAAUAAAUUUAGAAUUAUUUUUAUAUUUGAAAGAAUAUGAGAUAAGGGAAUGUAUACAUUAUAUAUAUGGUAUAUCAAUAUAUACUGUAUAUGUCUUCAUCGUUUUUUUACAAACAUGUAUAUAUAUAUAUAUAUAUAUAUAUAUAUAUACAUAUAUUUAUGUCGCAUUUUUUUUGGAAGAAGGCUGAAUUUAUAUAAAAAAUAUCUGCGACAUAUAAAUUAAAUAAAUAUUAAUAUGUACCAUAUGCACCAUUAAUAUGUAACAUUAUGUACAUAUAUAAAUAUCAUGUUCACUCUUAAUACACCAAUAUAUGAAUAAUGAUAAUAAUAUAUGUAUAUAUAAAAAUAUAUAUAACAGUAUAUGUAUAUUAAUAUACAUAUGCUAUGUAUAUUAGUUUAAAAUAGUAUUGUGCGUACGUGUGCAUAAAGUAGGUAUUAAAUCUUAUUACAUUUAUACAUAGAUAUUACAUACAAAUUAGAUAUGUCAUUCUCUUAAAGGUACAAAUGUAAAGUUUUAACAAUUUUAAAUGUAUGUUUUAACAAUAAGCACAUCGAAUAGCAGCGUCAGUGAUUAGUAUUAGACUUAAUGGCCAUAAUAUCGUCACGGUUAUUUGCGAUAUCAAUUAAAUAAAUAGACUUGUCAAUCUGAUUUAAAAAAAACUGUUACAUUUAGUAGGAUUUAAUCCGAAUGUUUGCAUUAUGAGAAGUUAUACAAAGAAGUAUCCAUCGCGAAUGAGCAACAAUACUUUCAAGUACAUAUAUUUCUGAGACACAAAUGUAGACGAUAAAUCAACAAAUUCAAAAUGCUGCAAAAAAUUUUAAAAUAUGUAUUUUUUAUAAUUUUUAUAAUUUUAUAAAAUGUAUAUACAUUUUUUUUUAAUUAUAAAAUUUAAUUAUAAAUUUAAUUAUAUACAUAGAUAUAUUAAGGAUUAAUAUCUCUCUUUUUUCUUAUAAUUCUAGAAUAUUUUGCACAUUUCAUAUUUUUUAUUCUAUAUUUUAUUAUUUUUGAUAAAAUUUUUUUAAUUUUUAACAUGUAACAAAAAAAGAUUUGAAUAGAUCUUUUUUUCUGCAUUUAUAUUCUAUAAAGAUAAAAUCUCGAGAUGUAAAAUUACAACAGUAUGCAUAAAAUCUUGAACAAUGUUUUAAUGCAUAAGAAUUCGUAUAAAAAGAAAAUAAUUUCCUAAUUUUUUACCUUAGGAUUGAAAAACUGUUCAUAAUGCAAACACUUGCGAGACAACUGCAUAAAAAACAGCGCAUGUGAGAUGUAUAUGCUGGUGUCAUAUGAAUGACAAGUUUCGUUUCCCAUCCCUUAAUUACUUUCUCGCGCGCGAAUUCCUGUGGUCCCUUUCUUCGCUCACCCUUACUCGUGAACGAGCCUAAGUAAAUGCGAGGCACGUGCGCUCCAUUCGCACAAGCAAACCUUGUGGAAAAAAAAUUACGACGGCCGACAUCUCAAUUCUGACACAAGCAAGCCGUCGAUCGAUGGUCGCUUACGCAACAACCAAUCGACUUUAACGAGAUUCCGCCGUUUUAAUUAACGAGCGCACGCGUUCGCUCGCUCCUUCAUUCGCGAUAAUCACGCGAGACGAAGACGAACGACGGAGGAUAGGAACGUCGUCCGAUAAAUACGCCGCUGUAGCGCACGUGUACACGCACGUGUACACUCACAUGUAACAUUGGUGGCCGUUUUAUCUUACAAAUGCUUAUCUUACAAACCGAUAUCGUUUCCGCCACCGUGACCUUCACGUCUCCUCAUAAUGUAUCCGGAAGCAAAGAAGAAACGUUCGCAAGAAGAAAACCUCGGAAAUAUCGACAUUUUCAUUUUUCAUUUACAUUCUUUUUUAACAUGAUAAUCAUUUCUGUCACGUAAUAUAUUAUGACAGAUUUUUUUCAAAGAUGAAUUUUUUGCCUGUAAUCGGUAUUAAAAUAUUUUAAUGUAAAUAUAUAAAAUAUGUAUACAAAUUUUUGUAACAGUCUUAGCUUUUUAAACUUUAUUAAUUUUAUCUUUUAAUUCUUGAACUUUAGAUAUGCACAAUAUAUAUUACUCAUUUUAUUAUUAUUAUCAACACUCGUACUCGAGAAUUUUGUCUCUCUAAAUAAAUUCGGAAGGAUUCAUCGUAGACAUUGAAAAUUUCAAGUAAAUAUGCUCUCCUGCGCGCCCAAAUUUUCACACAGGUGUCACGGACGAUACUUAACGUCGUUUUUUUCCGGUAACAUAACUGCCGAGCACAACUUCGCUUUUAAGACGGAAUCACAGCGUGAUUUGUAGAUUAGUAAUACUUUUCUGGAAUUUAAGGCAGACUAUGUGGAGGACAUAUAAAUUAAUAAGCUCGCGAUCCGGUAGACAAAGAAAUUGUCUACCGAAUCGUAUACCUCGGAAGUCCAGCGAUCGAUGCUUUGAGAUUUUCAUCGGGGAAAAUAAAUGAGAGAAUCUGGCGACGAUUGUAUUAUAAUUCAAUAAUUAUUUAACAUUAAAAAAAAUCAAAGUUUUAUUAUAUUUUAACUAGACAUUGAGGAUGUAAAUGUAAAUAUAUUAAAGUUCUCGUCCUUCAAUUGUUUCUAGCUAGUCGUUAGCUUAAUAAAAACAGAUCUGAUAUUAAUAUAUCUUAUAUGAUAAUCACGCGGUUGCCACUCUCCCGAAUUUGCUUGAAGUCUUCAGGAAUAAGAUCUCUUGCUUAAAUAGAAAAUUUUCGGGCUAUAUGAAGCAAAUCAUUAUUUCUUUCUUAUUUUUUUAGAAAAAAUAAUUUAAGAGUACUAUUAAGUGUAAUAAGAACAUUUAAAGAAUUUGCUGUUGUAAUUAUUGUUGUUGCGUUCAUAUAUAUAUUUUAUCUUGUAAAAAUGUGAUCCUUAAUCAUGUAUAUAUAUAUAUA